GUCCACUCAUCUCUUUCUGCAACCACUCACACGAUAUCAACUCACGCUCUUUCACGCUCGUCUAUACGAACAGUUAUUUCCUUUCGUCUCAAGAUAAAUUACUUACCAUGAGGAUCAAGGUUAAGACUCUGACAGGGCGAGAGAUCGAGCUCGACAUCGACGAAGAAGACCAGGUUAGCCGCAUAAAGGAGAAAGUUGAAGAACAGUCUGGUGUACCGCCGCAACAACAACGUCUUAUCCAUGGUGGUCGACAAAUGCAAGAUGAGAAGACCGCAUCAGAAGUAGGAGUUAAGCCAGGAGACGUCCUUCACCUCGUCCUUGCGCUGCGUGGCGGUGCUAAAUGCUGACUCGCAUCCAUCACAACCCGCCUUUGUUGACUAACUUGACUUGUCACUUGUUGCUGCUUGGCAUGGGAGAAGGAUGCACAUCUGUAUUAGGAGUAUUAGAGGGUAUCGAGUCACUAUUAUCACAUGUGCCGAAUUACAAGUGAAGUGUAUCCAUAUUGUGUCACUGACAUUGAAUGUGUAUGAUUGUUGUCUCC